AUGACGCCAGAAGAAGUCAUAAAAUUUAUACAUGAUGAGGGAGUUGAGAUCAUCGAUCUCAAGUUCACCGACGUUCCGGGCACCCUGCAGCACGUCGGGGUUCCCCCAAACGAGGUCAACGAGGACCUCUUUGCGUACGGCACCGGCUUUGACGGGUCGAGCAUCCGGGGUUUCCAGACCAUCGAUGAGAGCGACAUGCUCAUCGUGCCGGACGCCAGCACCGCCAACAUCGACCCUGUCUACAAAAUCAAGACGCUCAGCCUGCUCUGUAACAUCCGCGAUCCCCUCACCGGCGCCGACUACAGCCGCGACCCCAGGAACAUCGCGAAGAAGGCUGAGGCCCAUCUGAAGUCCACCGGCAUCGGCGACACCAGCUUCUGGGGACCUGAGGCCGAGUUCUUCAUCUUCGACUCCGCCAGCUUCAGCCAGGACUCGCAUUCCUCCCACCACAGCGUGGACUCGGACGAGGGCAUCUGGAACUCUGGCAACGAGUACAUGCUCGACGGCAAGGGGAGGCUACUUCCCGUGCCGCCUGUGGACACUCUGAGCGACAUCCGCUCCGAGAUGGUCAUCGAGAUGCAGAAGUUUGGCAUGAAGAUCGAGAAGCACCACCACGAGGUCGCCACCGCCGGACAGGGCGAGAUCGACAUCGUGUACGACACGCUGGUCAAGACGGCCGACAACAUCAUGAUCUACAAGUACCUGGUCAAGAACGUCGCCGCACGGCACGGCAAGACCGCGACGUUCAUGCCCAAGCCGCUGUUCGACGACAACGGCACCGGAAUGCACACUCACCAGAGCAUCUGGAAGGACGGCGGACGCAACGCGUUCUACGACGCCGAAGACUCCGAGCGGCUGUCGAGCGUCGCCAGGCACUUCAUUGCCGGGCUGCUGAGACACGCCCGUGAGAUCUCGGCAGUCACCAACCAGUGGGUCAACUCCUACAAGCGUCUGGUCCCCAAUUUCGAGGCUCCGGUCCAUGUGACCUGGGCCACGGUCAACAGGGCGGACCUGGUCCGUGUACCCAGUUACAAGCCGGGCCGCGAGGAAUCUCGUCGAGUCGAGUUUCGCUCGCCGGACCCAGCGUGCAACCCUUACCUUGCAUUCAGCGUCAUGCUCGCCGCGGGACUCGAAGGCAUCGAGAAGAAGUACGAGCUUCCCGACCCCACCGGCGCCGACGUGUUCGACAUGACCGACGCCGAGCGGAAGGCUCACGGUAUCGAGUCGCUCCCGUCGAAUCUGCUGGAAGCUCUCAGGAUAACCGAAGAGAGCGAGUUGGUCCGCAACGCCCUUGGAGACUCUGUAUUCAAGAGCUUCGUGGAAAACAAGAAGAUCGACUGGGAACGAUACAGGUCGCAGGUGACGGACUACGAGAUAGCCCGAUACCUGCCAACCUUGUAG